AUGAGUAAUAUUAAAUUUUUAGUUGCUCUCCUUGCAGCAGCCUCUGUUGCUACUGUAUCUGCAGACAAAAAUGGUUCUGGCUAUAAGUUUGAACAUCCAGCAAUUAAGGAACAUGAUUUCAAAUUAGCAGAUGACUCUUUCUUUGAAGAUUUCCAAGGUUAUGAUUCUGAAAAAGCUUUCCGUAAGAAAUGGAUUUCUUCUAAAAAAAAAAUUAAUGACAGAUAUUCUGAUGAAUUAGUUGAACAAUAUCCUGUCAAAUGGGGUUUGGAAGAAGCUUACAUUGUUCCAGGUUUUGUUGGUGACAAAUCUUUAGUCACAUAUACCGACAAAGGUUUCGGUAUGAUUGGUACCGUGUUCAAAAAACCAAUUGUCAUGGAAGAUGGUGAUGAUUUGGUUAUCCAGUAUGAAACUAAAAUUCAAACUGCAUUGGAAUGUGGUGGUGCAUUUAUAAAGUUAUUACCUCCAAUUAAAAAAUCUCAACUGAAAAAAUAUGGUGGCGAGGACUCACCAACUUUGGAAUUAAUUUUUGGACCAGAUAACUGUGCUCCAUACACUAAUGAAGUUCAUUUAGGUUUCAGAAGACAUAACCCUAUUUCCAAUAAAACUGAGUUAGUAUUUUUUGAAAAAGCACCAGAAUCCAGGCUAGGUGAAGAUUUGAAAUCUCAUCUCUACACAUUACGUCUUAAUGGUAAGACUCAAGAUUUUGAACUUAGAUUCGAUGGUGAAGUCACUUUUGCUGCCAACUUAUUAGAUGAAGGUGUCUUUGAUCCUCCAUUUGGUGGUCCAAAAAUGAUUCCAGAUCCAAAUGCAGUUCAACCAGAGACCUGGGACGAUAGAAAAACUAUUCCAGAUCCAUCUAAAACAAAACCAAAAACUUGGGAUGACCGUGCAGUAAUCCCAGAUCCAGAAGCCAAGAAACCCGAAAAAUGGGAUGAAAGUAUCCCUAAGUACAUUCCCGAUCCUGAAAGAACAAAACAACCAGAGUGGUGGAAUGAGGAAGCAGACGGUGAAUGGGUUGCACCAUUAAUUACUAACCCAUCGUGUGAUACUGAGUUCGGUUGUGGUGAAUGGACUGCUGAACUAAUAUCAAAUCCAGAUUACAAGGGACUUUGGGAACAACCAAUGAUUGAAAAUCCUGAUUAUAUGGGUGUUUGGGAACCUGAAUUAAUCAAAAAUCCAGAACAUUAUGAAGAUUCAACACCAUCAAAAUUAUCUGAGCCAGUUGGUGGUAUAUUAUUCGAAUUUUACAGUGGUUCUAUUGAUCUACUUUUCGACAACAUCUAUGUAGGUAAAUCAAUCAAAGAAGCUGAAAUGAUUGGCAAUGCCACUUUUAAGGCCAAGAGAGAAUUAGAAGAUAAGGAACUUGCUUUAGGUGGAGGUGUCAGUGUUCCAUUGGACAAUGAAACUACUCAAAAACAUAAGAGAGGAGAUAAUGAAGAUAAAUUAAAGGAAUCUGAUGGAGCUCUUGCUGACCUAUUUAUAGCUUAUACUAAAAUUGUACCACCUUAUCUACAAGGUUUAGGUGUUGGUUUAAUCUUAGUAGUAUUAGUGGUUGGUGCUGGUCUAAUUGUUUUAACUGGUGUUAAUACUUUGAAGACAGGAGAUGAGAGAAGAACUGCAAAAGCUACGAAGACUGCCGAGGCCAAAGAAAAGGAACCUAAGGAAAAUAAAGAUGAAAAGGUUGAAACUGAGGCUACAUCUACUAGUGUUUCGAAUGCCGUUGUUGAAGAAGCUAAUGAGACAGUAGUGGAAGAAGAUGAAGACCCUGAAGAAGUUGAGUUGAGAUUGAGGAAAAAAAUGAUUGGUAUUUCACUAGAAAUACCAAAUCAAUAA